AUGCAAAUUAAAACGUGUUAUCCAUUCACCGUGAAACACAACCUCUUUAAUGAGCACGAAUUACUGCGAUAAAAAAAAUAAAAAUAAAACAGGAAAUAUUUUCUUGCGGUUUUUGUUCCCAUCAGUAACCAUAAUUUGCGCAUUUUCGUCGAUGAUGUCUAUGCAUCAUUCCCUACCGUCGAUCUAAACUCCUCAUUUAUCUCUAUCCGUCGAUUUUAUCCUUUAUCCUGAAUUCACUUGCCAAGACAAACAAAGUGAAGCAGAAUUCAUCUCUUUUCAUUUCAACUGAGUCCGAGUCCGAGUCUGUGACUAAGACACACACCCUUUCAUCUUUGUUCUUCUGAAUAUCAUAAAUAAACAGGGUUUUAUAACGACGUGUGAAUUUGUGAUGGAUAAUAAUGCUGUGGUUUUUGAUGGGUAUGGCGAGGGAGAGAGAAAGAGGGUGGACUUUGGGGUGUCUAAUGAGAGUAAAGGGGGGUCUAAUGAGUUAAAGAAUUUGGAAGGAGAUGAGGUUUUCGAGGAGGCAAUAGAUCCACUAAAGCAUUUCAAUGAUCUGGAAGAUACUGUUGUUGGUCAAGGCGAUGUUGAUGCUACUGUUACUGCAUUGCCUUCUACUUUGGUUGAUGAAAUUCCUGAUACCGCUGAAGAACUGGAUAACUUUGAAGAAGCGAUUGGGGUUGCUGAUGAGCCUGCCCAACACUCAAAGCAGGAGGAAGCUGAAGUGAUUGCUAAUCAGGAGGUUCCUGAGGAUCAGCAGGGUCAGCUUUAUAGCUCUUCUGUAGAUGGAGUUGGUACUGGAGGGACCGAGGGUGGAGUAUCUGGUGAUGAAUCCUACAGUAUUAGGGAUGAUUGUUUGGAAAGUAGUGAUUGUAGUGAGGGAAAGAAAGUUUCUGAUUUAAACACCGAUGGAAGCUUGGUAUCUCAGGAGGCUAUAGGCUUGGUGAAUGGAAACUCGGGUUAUUCAAGUGAGAAGUCUGAAAAUGAGGAUCUUGAAUACGUGACUCCCAGACAAAAUGGUGGUAUGCUUUUUGAAAAUGGAAGGACAGACAAGGUGGAUUAUGCUGUUGCUGAGUUUCAUACAAAUUCGGAAUCCUAUGAGGAGAUAGGAAACCAGGGUGCUGAUGCUGGGGAUUUGAAGGAGGGUGGCUUGGAUCCUGAACUCAAAGAUGACAAAGUAGAGGAACAAUGUAAUGGUUCAGGUGAUCCUUAUUGCGAAAUUCAAAAUAUUCAGCUUGCAGAUGAAGAAAAAGCGCACAGACAUUCAUCUUCCGAGGAUUUAGAUCCUCAUGGUAAAAUAAUUAUUGAAAUGGAGGAUGUGACCCUUGGCACCGAUAUAAUCCAUGAGGACAAAAAUGGCAAAGAAAUUGAAACAUCUGAUAGUCAGAGUACUGAAUGCAACGAUUAUAGUAAUGAUGAAGCUAAUGAUGCUAAUGCUGGAUCAGAUUCAGAACAUCAACAAACAAUUGAUGAAGCAGGAGGAUCUUCUCUAGCUGCGGAGGAAAGAGAAGCGAUUCAAACUGCCGGAAGUUCAUCCCUGUCCGAAAGUUCUUUUGUCAAUGAGGCACUAAAUGUUCAGGCUACUGAAUCUUAUUCAGAAGAACAAAGUUCCAAGGAUUAUCCAUCUAAAAUUUCUGCCGAAGAAAACCAAGGAAAUUUUGAAAAUUUAUCUGUUGUUCGGGAACCUAAAAAGAUACCAGAGACUAAUGUGGAAGAGAAGAAAACCAAUCAGAUCAUUGAAGAACAGAAACGUGAACUUGUUUCCUCAUCUGGAAAAUCUGUUGCUACUAGCACCCCUCUUGUUCAUCCUGCUGGCCUUGGACCUGCAGCUCCAUUAUUGGAACCUGCUCCCCGAGUGGUGCAGCAGCCACGGGUGAACCAUACUGUUUCUAAUACACAGUCUCGAAAAACAGAAGACUCGUCGAUCGGGGAGGCUGAGGAGUAUGACGAGACUCGAGAGAAACUUCAAAUGAUUAGGGUGAAGUUUUUACGGCUAGCUAAUAGGCUUGGGCAGACACCCCACAAUGUUGUUGUAGCACAGGUUCUGUAUAGAUUAGGACUGGCUGAACAGCUCAGAGGGAGGAAUGGGGGGCGCGUUGGUGCUUUUAGCUUUGAUCGUGCAAGUGCAAUGGCCGAGCAACUGGAAUCAGCUGGCCAAGAACCACUUGAUUUCUGUUGUACAAUAAUGGUUCUUGGAAAGACAGGAGUUGGGAAAAGUGCAACCAUCAAUUCUAUCUUUGACGAGGUUAAAUUUAAUACUGAUGCUUUUCAUAUGGGAACAAAAAAGGUUCAGGAUGUUGUAGGAACAGUACAGGGCAUUAAAGUGCGGGUCAUUGAUACACCAGGACUUCUACCUUCUUGGUCAGAUCAGCGACAUAAUGAGAAGAUCCUCCUCUCUGUCAAGCGCUUUAUUAAGAAAACACCGCCUGAUAUUGUGCUGUAUCUUGAUAGGUUAGAUAUGCAGAGUCGGGAUUUUAGUGAUAUGCCGCUCUUACGAACAAUUACCGACAUUUUUGGGCCGUCCAUAUGGUUCAAUGCCAUUGUGGUUUUGACUCAUGCAGCAUCUGCUCCACCUGAUGGCCCUAACGGUACUGCUUCCAGUUAUGACAUGUUUGUCACACAGCGCUCUCAUGUUGUGCAGCAAGCCAUUCGUCAAGCUGCUGGUGAUAUGCGUCUCAUGAAUCCUGUAUCGUUGGUUGAAAACCACUCUGCAUGCAGAAUUAAUAGGGCCGGCCAAAGAGUGUUGCCUAAUGGCCAGGUUUGGAAACCUCAUCUGUUGCUCUUAUCUUUUGCGUCAAAAAUUCUGGCCGAAGCAAAUGCUCUUCUUAAGUUACAAGAUAGUCCACCUGAAAAACCUUACACGGCUCGCACAAGAAUGCCGCCAUUACCGUUUCUUCUGUCAUCACUUCUUCAGUCAAGGCCGCAAUUGAAAUUGCCAGAGGAACAAUUCAGUGAUGACGACAUUCUUGAUGGGGAUCUUGAUGAACCUUCAGAUUCUGAUGAUGAAACAGACCCUGAUGACUUACCACCAUUUAAACCUUUGACAAAGGCAGAGAUCAGAAACCUUUCUAGAGCUCAGAAGAAAGCAUAUAUGGAUGAGGUAGAGUACCGAGAAAAACUCUUCAUGAAGAAACAAUUAAAGUAUGAAAAAAAGCAACGGAAGAUGAUGAAGGAAAUGGCAGAAUCAGCGAAAGAUCUGCCAAAUGAUUAUAGUGAAAAUGUGGAGGAAGAGACUGGCGGUGCAGCUUCUGUUCCUGUUCCCAUGCCAGAUUUGGCCUUGCCUUCUUCUUUUGACUCUGAUACUCCCACUCACCGGUAUCGUUAUCUUGAUUCAUCCAACCAGUGGCUUGUAAGACCUGUCCUAGAAACUCAUGGAUGGGAUCACGAUGUGGGUUAUGAAGGCUUAAAUGUAGAAAGAUUGUUUGUUGUUAAAGACAAGAUACCCCUGUCUUUUAGUGGUCAAGUUACCAAGGAUAAAAAGGAUGCUAAUAUUCAGAUGGAACUUGCCAGUUCAGUUAAGUAUGGAGAAGGGAAAGCAACGUCUGUAGGUUUUGAUAUGCAGACUGCUGGGAAAGACUUAGCUUACACAUUACGCAGUGAGACAAAAUUCUGUAAUUUUAGGAGAAAUAAGGCAACUGCUGGUCUCUCAUUUACUCUCUUGGGUGAUGCCUUGUCAGCUGGAGUUAAAUUCGAAGACAAGUUGAUUGCGAAUAAGCAAUUCAAGUUGGUUAUUGCUGGUGGUGCAAUGACAGGGCGUGAUGAUGUUGCUUAUGGUGGCAGUUUGGAGGCCCACUUGAGAGAUAAAAAUUAUCCUCUAGGACGCUCAUUAUCAACGCUUGGGCUUUCGGUAAUGGAUUGGCAUGGAGAUCUUGCUAUUGGGUGCAAUUUACAAUCUCAAAUUCCCAUUGGACGGUAUACAAACCUUGUUGCGCGAGCCAAUCUGAACAAUCGUGGGGCUGGACAAAUUAGCAUUCGUUUAAAUAGUUCAGAACAGCUUCAAAUUGCUUUGAUUGGCCUCAUCCCUCUACUUAAGAAGGCUGUUGGUUAUUCUCAACAAUUGCAGUUUGGACAAUGAUGAUGAUGUUAGAUUGUGUGAGCUGCAACACCUGCGCUAAUAGAUAACCUUGGCACUGGCUGGACUGGCUGGACUGGCAGUAAAGAUGGCGUUGCAUAAAUUACAGAAGGAAUAACAAUUAUUUUGGUAAAGAGUGUGUGAUCUAGGCUGGUUGUUGAAAUUGUACCAUACUCAAGUGAAGUCAGUCGCAAUGUUUCUCCGUGCUUCAAUAAUAAUUUGUGAAUCAUGCUGUUUGCUAAAGAUUUAGAUGCCUUAGUUAUUCAAUUACCAACUUAUUGUAGAUUACUCAUUUUAAUUGUUCAGAGUAGUUUUUCAUCUGCUUUUGGAUUUGACUACUGUUUUGUCACAUGCUGAAAAGCAUCAAUAGGAUCAGUUUUUAAUUUAAUUCCCUUCAUGAAUGAUUAUGGGACUCCUAAUCUUGUUGUCACACAGUUAUGGAUGCAUUUCGUUUUUCAAUUCAAUUGAAUCUGGAUUGCCAGUUGCAGC